GUCACUGAACUGGUAUGGCAUUAUUUGCAAUUCAGGGCUUCCGUGAACACGCGGUGUUAAUCGUUGGAGUUAUGAGGACCUUGCGAGUAUCAAUGUUGCUGUCGCUAUCUAGAACUUAACCAGAUUCUCAAAUCAGAUCGCGGAUGUAACAUUUGAAUGCUCAUUGCAAAAGGACCUUAACGCCAUCAGCAUGGCAUCAGAGUCCAGUCUUAAGGAGAGCCUUCAGGACCUUCAUCUGGAGGAUGAAGGGCAGCAUCGCAACCCAUCAGAGGUGAAGAUGAGCCAGAUAGUGCUGCCCUGCCAUGCCAACCAUUGCGGGGAACUGAGCAUCGGACAGCUGCUCAAAUGGAUGGACUGCACAGCAUGUCUGUCCGCUGAGAGACAUGCUGGAUGCCUCUGUGUAACAGCUUCUGUUGAUGACAUCUACUUCGAGCACACCAUUGGUGUUGGACAAGUGGUCAACAUCAAAGCCAAAGUCAACAGAGCCUUCAACUCAAGCAUGGAGGUUGGCAUAGAGGUCAGCUGUGAGGACCUGUACACUGGCCUUCAUUUGAGUGUCUGUCAGGCUUUUGCCACAUUCGUUGCCAGACGCACAGGGACAAACAAGGUGCAACUAAAGCAGGUAGUUCCCUGCACAUACAAAGAGCAGGUGGAGCACAGUUUAGCUGCUGAGAGGAGGAGAAUGAGACUCAUUCACCAUGACAUCAUGCAGGACUUGCUGAGUAACCAAAACUUCAAGAGAAGUAUUAGUGAGGGGGAUGAGAGCCGUGAUGAGGAGGUGGCUGUGUCAACUGAAAGAACACGAGUGGAAAGUGUUGAGCUGGUACUUCCUCCCCAUGCCAAUCACCAGGUCAACACAUUCGGAGGCCAAAUUAUGGCCUGGAUGGAAAAUGUCGCUACUAUUGCAGCCAGUCGUUUAUGCAAUGCUCAUCCAACUCUGCGGACCAUAGACAUGUUUUACUUCAGAGGCCCCUCCCAGGUUGGGGAUCGCUUGAUAUUGAAAGCCAUUGUCAACAACACAUUCAAGAACAGUAUGGAAGUAGGUGUAUGUGCUGAAGCCUAUCAAGGAGAGGAACCUCUGAGGCACAUUAACAGCGCAUUUAUGAUGUUUGAGGUGCUGGACAAGAAUGGAAGGUCACGCCCCAUGCCCCCUAUAAAACCUGAACCUCUGGAGGGGAGGAGGAGGUACCAGGAGGCUCUUGCUAGGAAAAAGAUUCGACUUGAUAGGAAGUACAUCAUCUCGUGUAAGCAGACCGAAGUGCCACUGUCUGUCCCCUGGGACCCCAGUAACCAGGUGUAUUUGAGCUUCAACAAUGUAUCUGCUCUAAAGAUGCUUGCAGCCAAAACCAAUUGGGUCCUCAGCUCAAAGAAGAACCAUGUGAGUCUGUAUACAGUAGAAGAGAGUCAGAGUCUGUGUUUCAGGGUGGAGUCUGAGGUGGAUGUCCCAGCACACAGAGCCUUCACCCUCGUCUCAGAUCUUAGCCGCAGACACGAGUGGGACCAAAACUAUACUCUGUGUGAGUUGCUGAUCAGGGUCAAUGAGGAUGAUUGCAUCUAUCGAGUUGUCACUCCUUCUGUUGGUGAAGGGGGAAAAGUUCAGGACUUUAUUUUACUAGCUUCUAGAAGACCGCCCUGUGACAGUGGGGAUCCAUAUGUUAUUGCCCUACGAUCAGUUGCUCUACCUACCCACCUGCCUAUAAAGGGGUUCAACAGGGGCGAGGUGGUCUGUGCAGGGUUCACCAUUUAUGAAGUGUCGAAAAGUGUCUCAAAGAUUUCCUACUAUAAUCAGGCAAGUCCAGGAAUACUGCCAUACAUCUCCACUGACAUCGCAGGCCUCUCGUCCAGUUUCCACUCAAUAUUCUGUGCAUGUAGCCAGUACCUGCUGGAGAACCGAGUCACAUCUACUGUACUUGCCUCUGCUUCAUUAUAACCUUCUGUUGUUGGGCAGAACACAUUGUGAUUUGCUUCAACUGAUAUUUUAACCUUAUAUUUAAAUGCAUGCUUUUUAUAAAUCCAAAACUCUUGUACCAUUAUAGAUUUGUUAAAUGAAAAUUAGUUUUGGUGUUUGGACAGUUUGGACAUGUAUGAUUUUAAAAAUGAAUGGGGAUGUAAAAUAUUGAACAGUGUCUGUUUUCAGUGUUUAUGUGCAUACAUUGUGAUACAACAUUCAAACAAUUUUGAUCAUAUGUUAUAAUGGGCAUUUUUAUGCUGUAUGUAUAUCUGAAUAUACAUGUUUUCUAAAGGUACAGUCAUUAGAUUUUUUUGUUUACAUUGUUUUAAAAAUAAUUUGACCUAUUAAAAUAAUUUGACAUAAACAUUUUAUUUUAAAUAACACUUAUUUUCACAUUUAAAAUUUUUCAAUGUAGAUUUUAUGUACAUAUCAUGGCCAUGCACUACAUGAAGAGCAAUGUUAUUCAGAAAUUCAUUUGGUAAUAAUAUUUGAUGGAACCUUAAUGAUGAUUACU